AUGGAAAGAAAAAACUUAGGAAAUACAAGGUUGGGUUUGGAAUUAUAAGAAAAAAGAAUUCUUUUCAAACAAUUACUAAAUAACAUUUACAAAAGAUCAAAAUAUCAUGUACACCAAAAAUGGUGCUAUUUUAAGAAUGUAAUAAUAUAUCUAAACCAUCCUUUAAUAGUGAUAAUAUAAAAGAUGAUACCAAACAACCUUAGGUACUAAAUAACUUUGAAUAAAUUAAAUAUCUUCAAUGGAUUGGUGAAUUUGGAUAAAGAGGAAAAAGAAUUGGAAGAUGGUCAAUUUAGUGGAAUGGGGAAUUUCUUAAAGAUGUUGGGGGACAUUAUAAUAAUGACGGUUAAAAAGAUGGCAAAUGGAGAGAUCUAAUUUGUAAUUAUUGGAAGUAAAGAACUGUAUAUAUUUUCAUAGUAAAGCUAAAGUUUAUGAAGUUGGCGAAUAUGUUCAAGGUAAAAGGAAAGGAAACUGAAAAUAUAUUUAUGAGAAUUAGAAGAUGUACAAAAUUAUUAAUUUCAAUAAGAGAUGGAGGCGCGUAUAAUGAAUAAGGCCAAAAGUAAGGUAUAUGGAUUGAGUUGAGUGAAGGAUUCUUUUCUGAUUAUCAAGUUAUAUACAAUGGGGAAUAUCAAAAUGGUAAAAAAGUUGGUAAAUGGAAUAUUGGGUAUAGAGUAAAUAGUAGAAAUAUAUCAUUUAUUUAAAUGUAAAAAAAUAAUAUAAAGGGUGUUAUUAAUACUGUGCAUUUUAGUGGUGGUGGAUCAUAUGAUGAAAGAGGUGAUAUAAAGAUUGGAAAAUGGAUUGAAAUUUUUGAAGGAUUUGAGCAUUCCUAUUAAGUAACUUAUAGAGGUCAAUAUAAAAAUGGCAAAAAAGUUGGUAUAUGGGAUAUUUUAUUUGUUUCCAUAGAUUGGUCUAUUACAAAAAAAAAUUACUAAAUGUAAAAAAUAAUAUAAAGUGUUUAAUUAAUGCUGCUCGUGUUAGUGGUGGUGGAUCGUAUGAUGAAAGAGGCGACAUAAAAAUUGGGAAAUGGAUUGAUAUUUUUGAAAGGUUUUCUUUUUCUUCUUAAGUAACUUAUGAUGGUCUUUAUAAAAAUGGCAAAAAAGUUGGGAGAUGGGACAUUUGGUUUACAAGGAUUGACAUUUAUAAUACAAUUACUAGGGAACACAAAAAAAUGUAAAAAUAUAAUAUAAAGUGCAUAAUUAUUACAUAAGUGGGGGUGGAUUAUAUGAUGAAGAAGGAUGUGGCAUUAAGAUUGGGAAAUGGAUUGAUUUGUUUGAGGGGUUUUCAUCUUCUUCUUAAUUAACUUAUGAAGGUCUUUAUAAAAAUGGCAAAAAAGUUGGAAGAUGGGACAUUUGGUAUUAGAAUCAUAGUACAUAAAGAAAUAGUUUAAUGUAAAAUAUAUUCUAUUACCCUAUAAAUUCUUUAGCGGAGGGGGAAUAUAUAAGGAAGAAGGUGAUGAGAUAAAAUUUGGGAAAUGGUAUGAGGAAAAUCAAACUUUUCAUUGGGAUUCUUAAAUCAUUCAUUGUGGAAAUUAUCAUUAUGGUAGAAAAGUUGGUAGAUGGGAUAUAUUGUAUAAUUUUUGGAAUCAAAAUGAAUUUGUUUAAAUGUAAAUAUCUUUUUUAAAUCAAAAUUCUAGUGGGGGUGGAUUAUAUGAUGAAAUUGAGUUUGGUAUCAAGAUUGGUUCAUGGAUUGAAUUAUGUAAUGAUUUUCAUGGGAACUUUAACAGCUAAAAUUACAGAAUAUUCAAGGGGGUUUACAUUAAUAAUAAAAAAGUUGCCACAUGGGUGGAAGCUAAAUUAGAAGGAUUCUAAAUAGUAGAAGAAAUAUAAUAUGAUAAUUGAAACAAUAAAAAUAUUAAAAAUUGUGAAAUAUCUGCUAAUAUUAAUUUGUUAAGGAUUUUAUUUUGUUUUUAUAUAUUAGUUUCUAAUAAGAUCUCAAUAUAUUUUUAUGAUGAGAUGCAUUAUAUCGGAUUGGUUGAUAAUGAAUUUUAUGUCUUCAUUGAGGUCUGUUAUAGGUAGAUUCUAAACCAAUAGAGUAAUUAUUCAAAUUUAUUUAAUAGUAAGCUGGGUGGAGGAUUUGA